AUGGACGCGGCCAACGCUCGAAAGGCUGCCUUUGAGCGCAUCCGAAAGAUGCCAUCAUGGACCGAGCGAGCAGCAUUUGUGAUGAGCCAAAGGCGACGGCGGCACCAGCGGCGCAAGGGCCAUCGCCACCACCGCGAUGUAUCUCCAGUUUUGGAGUCCAUCGACGUCUUCUUGUCGAAUGAGGACGAGCCCUUAGAAGCCGAAGAGCAACCCCCCUUCCUGCCCGACAUCGACACCCUCGUCAGUCGAAGGCGCAUCCGACAAACGCACAAAGCGUGGGUGCAAAUUGACCCGCUCCAAGUCAUGUUUACUGACUUUUAUAAAAUGAUGGAAGGGUGA